AUGCCGCUAUGGUGGUUUGCAGGUGCCAGGUCGAGCCAAAGCUGGACCUCACUGGGAUCACCAACACGGGGGCAGGCGCAUCUGGGUCUCCUCGCCGACGAGGCACAAGCUGCAACGCAGCGCAAGCAGCGUGAUUGGCGGCCACUUCCGACUUGGCAAAAGGUCUCGAUGGCCUUUCAUGACUGGAAGCACAGCUUCUUGGCCACCACGGAUGAGGCGUUCAUCCGCUCCGAGAUCAACGGCCGACGAAGCAGACGAAUUGUACUUUCCGCUUUCUUCUGUGCGGACGCUGUAGGAGGGGCCCUCUGGGCUUUCUGGUGCGAAGAUGGCAUUCGCCACAGUGCCACUCCUCUUGAGGACUCCCAGCACUAUGCGCAAGCUUGUCGGUCGUUUGGCAUCAACCACUACCUUCUUUGGGGCGCAGGAAUACCUUUGGAGGGCUGGGUUCUUUGGAUGGCUGGACGCGAUCCCUGGUCAUUCUGGUCUGAUGCCUGGCUGCUGCCGGUUUGGCUGGUCAGGCUUGGCCUCCUGGACGUUCUACUGUGGAACGUUCCUCCCCAGAUCCUUGUGGGCGACGCUUUGUGGUUUUCGGCCAUUGCUGUAAUGUGCCGGGUACACUCGGUGGUGCUCUGCAUCUUGGUUGGGUUCGAAGUCUGCUCCCUGAUGAUCGUGUUGGCAUAUCAAGGUGGCUUCAUGGACUUCUUUGCGUUUGACCAUGUUCGAUAUGGCAUGUACAGCGUGGCCAUGCUGAUCAUCAUGGCUGGGGCAUACUUCCUUGAUGAGCAGACUCGGCUUCAGUCCUACGAGCAGGUCAUGUCCUUACAAGACCAGAAUGCAGCACUUGCUGAGAUGAUGCUGCGGUGGAAGGUCCUGCCAGAGGUUGAGAGCGGAAAUCCUGUGCCGCAGGAUCACUCCCUGGACUCUGGCAGUAUCUCCAGUUGCGCAACACAGCGGCCGCCACUCGCCAAAGCCUCCAUUGCGAGAUGGACAGGCGCGGUAGGUGGAGGCCGCACGUCGAGCUCUCGCGUGCGCUUCGCUCUGCCGUCGCCGUCCCCUGCGGUGCCCACGCGCCGCCCGCAGCGCGGCCUGGGAGGCGAACAGCGAGCCAGGGAUCUGCUGGAUGUCAUGGAAUGA